CUGUGGCCUCGGCGGGGCGUGUGGCGGGGCUCCCCCGGCUCCCCGAGAUCCUGGCCGGCGGGUCCUGCCCGGCUCCGCUCGGCAGGGCGGCGCCCCGAACCUCUGAAGCAGAGGGAGGACGGCGGACGUGGCCCGGGGCAAGGGGAAUCCUAAGGAGUGAAAGUUAGAAGGAAGCUGUAGUUACGGAGCCGCCAGGUGCAGCUUAGGGUCCCCCAGGCUUUUUGAGGUGGAAAAGUGAAGCCAGGAUGUUUUGGUCCGAGAUUGAGGUGCACGGCAGGUAGAUGUACGGCCCUGGACGCCCAUCCACUUUAUAGAAUUUAAACCUCUCCAAAGUGUAUGGUCAAACUAAAGAAGAAAAUAACCAACACUCUUCUGAAUUGUGUUUGGCUCACUGAUAAUCCCAGGGAGAAAUUAGAGAUCAGUACUAUAACAUAAGCCUCAGUUUCCUGCUUGCUACAAAGAUGUUUGACGUAAAGGCUUGGGCUGAGUAUGUUGUGGAGUGGGCUGCAAAGGACCCAUAUGGCUUCCUUACCACAGUUAUCUUGGCGCUCACGCCGCUGUUCCUAGCUAGUGCUGUACUGUCCUGGAAGUUGGCCAAGAUGAUCGAAGCCAGAGAGAAGGAGCAAAAGAAGAAACAAAAACGUCAAGAAAACAUUGCAAAAGCUAAACGACUAAAAAAAGAUUAAAGGAGUGAACAGACUCUGCAACUAGAGAAAACUCAUCUGGAAAAUUCUGCAGCUUUGGAAGGACUCAUCAAGAUUCCAGUCCAUUUCAUGAUAGUAUUAUUUAGUAAAUUAAGUCUGACCGUAUAGAAGACUCAUGUUCUGACCUCAAUACUGUAGUAACUUUUAGCCUUGGAAAUAGAAAUUUGUUGGUAUCUACUGACAAGUAUUUAAGUUAGCAUUUAUCAUACAGGUGGAACAUACCUAAUGUGAAAAUUUCAAAAUUAAAACCCUGUAAAAUCUAACACCCAUGUCAGACUUGCUGCCAAGAGUGGAAAACCUCACACCUCACUUUGUGAAGGGUUACAGUCAAAAUACAGGUGCACUAAAAACUGUCUUCAAGCCAUGAGAAAUGUAAGUGAACCUGUGUUUAGAUUUGGAUCCCGCCUUCAAGGUAUUAUGAAAUACUCUAAAAUCUAAAGAAAAAAAAUUAAAACAUUCCUGGUCCCAAGCUCAACCUGUAGUAAAAAUCCUUAAACUUGAUACUCAUUUGUCAUUUUGGACCGGAAAAUACCCAAGUGAAAAAUACCAUAAAGAAAAAAAUGGUUUUAGAUUAUGAAUACUAUUUAAGUGAUAGUUUAGAAUGGGGUUCAGUUCUGGACAGAGGAUAUUAGGAAUGUAAAAGAAUUAUUUUCUGAGGUGAAAAGUUUACUUUGGCUUAAAAGAGAUACAGUAUAUUAAUCACAAUUUUAAAAUUACUGCUUAUAUUUUAGAAUGGAAGCAUUACUGAUUUUCUCAAAGAUUUUUCUUAUGAUAUGGCUAGUUGCAUUCUUCUGACUUUAGCCUUUAACACAACUGGUAAUUAUCAAGACACUCUGCUUUCUAAAACCUAAUUUUAUAUAGGAUUCUUAUUAUCUUGACCAUGUAGAAUACCACCUAUUGGAUAGAAUAAUUUUUGUACUUUGAACACUGCCAUUUGCUUAAAUGAGUUGCUAAGAGUAACAUGAUUUAAAUACAGUGAAAAUGUCAUGUGCUGUUGAUACCCUGGGUUCAGUUUUGUGAAACAAUUAAAUGUCACCAGGUUAUUUGCUGAUUAUACAGAUACUACUUUUGUUUUUAUUCUCUUUAUACGAAUACAUUAGUGAUGUACUGUUCCUUUUUACUUACACAGGAUCAAAGUGAAAAUCAAAAAUUCAAAUUUAUGAAAUUUCAUAAUUUAAACCAACUAAGGUUUAAAUUUGGAAAAAUUUUCACGGGUAUAAUAGUGAUUGCAGGGACUGCAAUAAAAUGGCAGAAGUACAAAGCUAGGGAAUCUUUCAGUGGUAAAACACUGGACUGUAAAGCAUGACUUCUCUAAAUGCAUGGUCGAGUAACUUCACUGCAGUAUUAACUGCUUAAUGUUUUCUGCACCUCUGAUAAUGAAUGUUAAGUUACAGUAAUUGUCAAAUAGUCUUAAUAAAAAUGAAGCUAAAUACUGAAAUAAAUUUGAUACUUUUUUAUAAAGA